AGUAUUAUAAAGUGAGUUGUUAAAAGGUAGAUGUCAUGAAGAAAAGAGUUGGGGAAAGUCUGUGUGUGUCAGAGUUAGCCUUACCAUUGAUAGAAUAAAAAUAAUGAGAGAAAUUGUGGAAACGUGUGACAUAACGAAUGUCUUUCCUCUUGUAGCUGGAACAGUCAGAUGAUUUCAGUUCGUGAAGCCAAAGCCAUUCCGAGGCCUGACGGCAUUGAGUGGAGAAACAAGUACAUCUGUGUGGAAGAACCUUUUGAUGGAACAAAUACAGCAAGAGCUGUGCAUGAAAAGCAGAAGUUUGACAUGAUCAAGGAUCAAUUCUUAAAGUCAUGGCACAGAUUGAAAAACAAGAGAGACUUGAACAGCAUCCUCCCCCUGAGACACACUGUCCUGAAGAGAUGACCGGCCUUUUGUUGCUGUCACCACGGGCAGUGAAGAGCCGGGGUCCUUCCCGCGCCUCGUGGGCCUCCAUGGCUCCUUUGUGCUUGUGCUUUUCAUUCUCAUGUUUUAUUUUUUAAAGGACAUACUUAAAUAAAGAUUGCAUAUUUUAUUAUGACAUUUCCUAAUAAAGCCCUUUGAUUUAAAAUCUAUUUUUGAAAAUGUUUACAUUGAUGCUGAUUAAUAUUAUGGCAUGGAUAUUCAGAAGACCAGAUAAAAUAUAUUUUGGGAAAUGACCUGAACAGAUUACAAUUUUUGAUGUAACUUCAGUUUGUUGUAUCACAUGCUAGUACUGACAGGAAGUGUGGACCUUUGGAGAAGGUUCAGUUGGUAAGUGCUAAAGUAUAACAACCUCCAGGAAGUAGCUUGUCUGAAUCUGUUCUGGUAAAGUAAGGACUUGGUCUGUGAACUCAGUUACUUAAAGCAGAAUGGAAUCUUUUCUUCAAAGAUCAUGAAAUCCUGGGCUUGACUUGCUAGCAUGGGCUGAGGCUUCGGGCGUCCCGUAUCGUUUUGUUAGUACUUCACACGCGCCGGAUGUGCCCGCUCGCAAGGUGGCUUUCAGUUCAGUGCUGAGACAGCGGGUGCUGCAGCUCUGUGAGCACUCACGCCUGCGGCAGCCAGAGCAGCAGCUCCAGAUAGACGUUUGACAAGAUGAGUUCUCCCGUGCUUUGGGGCAGUGCAGUGUGCACUUCCGCUCCACUUCCCAUUGUCCUCCUCCUGGUUCCCUUUUCCCUGCGACAUGAACAACAAAAUAAAGAUCAAAGUGAAGGUUAUAUCCUAUUUGUAGUCUCAGAUUUUGUUUUCUGUGUACAAUUAUAGGAUUGUAAUCUAAACUGGAAUUUUUAGGCAGUAAGCCACUACAAAAUGUUUAGAUGAAACAUAACAAAAUUGUUAUCAAUUGAGAACUUAAUGUUUGUUAUAAAAUACCUUUUUUAGUAUUACUUUUCCAUAAGAAGGAAGUAGUGGUGACUGUUAAAAAAAAAAAAAGCUACAGUGUUUAUUAAGGUGGUUUUUGAUUUGUGUAAAUAUCUGUAAAUUUAAAUGUAAAAAGUAAUCUUGAAGCCAGUUUUAACUUUUUUCAAAAGGACUGUGUACAACUUUUAGACCUACUGUAGCACACUUUGUACCUCUAAUGUAUUUUUUGAAGACCAAAUGCUAAAAUUUUGCUUUUCUCUUGACUUGUAAAAGGUGCAUAUUUUCAUUUUCUUUUAAGUUUAAAUUUUUGUAUGAUAAGUGGAAUAAAGUUUAUAUAUGGAAA